AUAACCACCUUUUUUGAUAAGUCUUGCUGAUCACGUCAAUUUUUCCCCUUCAAGGACUCCAUCCACAGAGAACGUCAAUUCAUCAAGCUCCAUAGCAACAUUCGGUCGGUCAGAUGCCAAAGCUUACACUUACAACCUCGAUCGCUUUCUCGAUCAAAACACGUGUGAUGAUGCCACCCUCCAUGGUCGCGUGUCCGAGCAUACCUUCCAUCCCCAUGCUCGAGCUCGCGUUCCGUUCUACAAAGCAAAGGCUGCGAAUGCUAUUGUCGAAUUGGAGGCUCAGUUGUCAAAUACUGGGCGGAGAGCCGACGCCAAGGGCAAAGCAGCAGCCAAUUAGUGUCGCCAUCAUUGUCACCCCACGGCGUCGCCUUAAUCUCGACUUCUCGCUUCCGCCGCGGUGGAUUAUCGAUCAGCGUGCCAUUGUGGAGAGGGAGAAGAACCCUUGCAUCGGGCUGCGGGCAUGCCGAAUUGGGUGCAACAGAGCUCAAGGCAUGUCGACAGUUGGGCCAGUUAGCGACGUCCGUACCGUACGGUACCUGAUUUCGGGAUCUGGGCAUGGGGGCGCUGUCAAGGCAGUCGGGUUUGGUAACGAAUACGGCAGGAAUGUUGGAAAAAGGCCGUCCAUUUCUUCUUCGUGAUCGGAGAAACUAGAGAAAAUGAUUCAUGUCGGUAAUUUGGGAGAAGAUAUCAUGUUCUCAGUUUUGGAAAAGGAAGGUUGUCAUAAUGUUGGGUAUACUGAGGUAUUUUCCCAAAUUGGUUGGCAAUUGGCUGCGUAACACGUUUGAUGUGUCACUUUCAAGUU